AUGAGUGAUGGAGCAGCCGCCGCUGCGCCUAAGAAGAAGCUCCCGUUUAAACCAACAGCCUUGCGCAAGGCGGCUCCGGAGUCGAAGCCUGAUGAUUCUGUAAAGAAUGGCAAACGGAAGGAAGGCAGCGACGAUGAGGACGACGACGGCCUGGGCUUAUUUCGCCAGUCCAGGGAAAUGGAAUCCAUCGUGGCCGCCGAAAGAGCGCGAAAGCUGAAGAAGAAGCAGAAGCAGGCGGAAGAGCGUCGCCUCUCGGAUACGGUGGGGAGACAGCUCUUGGAUUCGGACGAGGAUGGGCUUCCGUCUUUACCAGUCGCUGCCGAGACGUCUCAGACGACUCUUGUGGAUGAGUCUUUGACAAUGGACGAAGACAGUGUCAGCAGAAAAUUAGCUACUCCUCCGUCUUCGAAACGCUCGAGAGGCGAUUCGGAAUCAGGUUCAAGGUCGUACAAGCGGCAACGAUCUGCUGUAGAGCCUUUAGAUGACGAUCCGUUCAACGACUCUCCAUCGCAGUCAACGCUGCCAAAUUCCAAUACCGCUACUCCUAGUAAACGAUCCAAGAAGCAGUCUGUCAUACCGAUCGAGGCUCCGAUAAUAUCACUCGACUCUGACUCUGACUCUGGUUCUGAUUUCGAUGGCGGUAACGACGGCAUGAAUGCACCCGAGUCUGCACAACGAGAGGAGUGUCUCGAACUCGUUAGCUCGGAUAUAGUUGACGCUGGGCCACCGAUUGUUACUCCCAAACCACUAGCGGCGACAGAGAUUGAAGACGACGACGAUGAUGAAUUCGCCGAUUAUGUUCGCAAGGCUGAGGAACAGCGCGCUCGCAACAAAGACAUGAUGCAAAUGGAGUCUGACAAGGCCGCCAAGAAGGAUGCGGCAGCUGAUAUUUUGGUCAGAUCCAACAUUCCCGGCACCAAAGUUGCCAUUAUGAAGUAUCAAUUUGACAGACCUAUCCGCCUGAUACGCGAUAGCUGGUUUGCGCUUCAAGAAAGGAACAAGCACCCAGAGCUCCCAAUCGCUUCAGCCGAAGAAAUCAUUUUGACAUGGCAGCGAAAGAAGGUGUACACGUAUUCUUCGCUGCUUGGACUGGGGAUCCGACCGCAGGGUGAUGGCAAAAUCAUCGCUGAUGAAUACGCCAAAGGGGGCCUGCAAGACGGACGUACAAAGGUGGUCUUUGAAGCGUGGACGACGGAGGGCUUCCAGCAGAUGGAGCUCGAAGAAGAGCUACGCAUGAAGAGAGAGGCGGGCGAGCUAUCAGACGAGGAAUCGACACAGGAAGAGCAAGCCAAGGAGACGAAGCUGCGCAUUGUGCUCAGAGCCAAGGAUAUGGAGGCUGUCAAAUUGACUGUGCGGUUGGAAACUACAGUCGAGACGCUCAUUGUUGGAUUCCGGACUCAGAGGAGUGUCCCAUCCAGCAAGGACGUGGGCAUAUGGUUUGAUGGCGACCGGCUUGAAGAGCACCAAACUAUGGAGGAUGUCGAUAUCAACGACAUGGACACAUUGGAGGUGCAUAUCAAAUAG